CGGCGGCGCCCGCGCGGGGCCCGCGGAGCGGCGGCGGCGGCGGCGGCGACGGGCAUGGUGCGCGCUCGGGCCGGGGCCCGCGGCACCCUCCGGCAGGCGGCGGCGGGCGGCGCCCCGCGACAGGCAUGCCCAAAGAGAAGCACGACCCCCCCGACCCCCGGAGAAUGUACACAAUUAUGUCCUCUGAGGAAGCAGCCAGUGGGAAGAAGACACAGUGGGCCGAGCUGGAGAUCAGUGGAAAAGUCCGAAGCCUAAGCUCCUCGCUGUGGUCUCUGACUCAUUUGACCGCUCUGCAUCUGAGCGACAAUUUUCUGUCCCGCAUCCCGUCGGACAUCUGCAAGCUGCACAAUCUGGCAUACCUGGACCUGUCCUCAAAUAAAAUCCGGAGCUUGCCAGCAGAACUCGGGAACAUAGUCUCACUCAGGGAACUCCAUUUAAAUAACAACCUGUUACGAGUGCUGCCUUUUGAGCUGGGGAAACUGAUUCAGUUGCAGACCUUAGGCCUGAAAGGGCUUCCGAGGGCAGGCCCAGGCCAGCUGGGAGGGCCUCGGGCAAGGCCAGCAGCAGACCCCGGGCUGACUCUGAAACGGCACCAUGUUCCAAAAAGCAAGCAGACAUGGGCAGAGUUUCCCGCAGGAUCUCAGCGACAUUCUUUGAGAAAUCCCCUCACCCAGGACAUACUGAACCUCUAUCUGGAACCGGAUGGAACGAGAAGGCUGCUGAACUAUUUGCUCGAUAACUUGGCAGGUACUGCAAAAAGAAUGUCCACUGAGCAGCCGCCCCCCAGGUCGUGGAUCAUGCUGCAAGAGCCUGACCGGACGAGGCCCACAGCUUUGCUCUCCGUCAUGUGCUACAACGUGCUGUGUGACAAAUACGCCACCCGGCAGCUGUACGGCUACUGCCCGUUGUGGGCGCUCAACUGGGACUACCGGAAGAAGGCCAUCAUCCAGGAGCUCGUGAGCUGCAACGCCGACAUCAUCAGCCUGCAGGAGGUGGAGACUGAGCAGUAUUACAGCUUUUUCCUGGCGGAGCUCAAGGAGCGGGGCUACAGCGGGUUCUUCAGCCCCAAGUCGAGAGCCAGGACCAUGUCGGAACAGGAGCGCAAGCAUGUGGACGGGUGUGCGAUAUUCUUCAAGACCGAGAAGUUCACGCUGGUUCAGAAGCACACCGUCGAGUUCAACCAGCUGGCUAUGGCCAACUCCGAGGGCUCCGAGGCGAUGCUGAACCGCGUCAUGACCAAGGACAACAUCGGCGUUGCCGUCCUGCUGGAGCUGCGGAAGGAGCUGAUGGGGACAGCGUCGGGGAAGCCCCAUCUCGGAGCCGAGCACCAACUCCUUCUGGUGGCGAACGCGCACAUGCACUGGGACCCCGAGUACUCAGACGUGAAGCUGGUGCAGACGAUGAUGUUCCUGUCGGAAGUGAAGAACAUCAUUGACAGAGCUUCCCGGAGCCUGCAGCCCGGCGUGCUCGGGGAGCUCUCGACCAUCCCCUUGGUGCUGUGCGCUGACCUCAACUCCUUGCCCGACUCCGGUGUGGUGGAGUACCUGAGCACUGGGGGCGUGGAGACCAACCACAAGGACUUCAAGGAGCUGCGGUACAAUGAAAGCCUCACCAACUUCAGCUGCAGUGGGAAGUUUGGGACGGCCCCCGGGCGAAUCACCCACGGCUUCAGGCUCAAGAGCGCCUACGAGCAGGGCCUCAUGCCUUACACCAACUACACGUUUGAGUUCAAGGGGAUCAUCGACUACAUCUUCCACUCCAAGCCUCAGCUGAAGACCCUGGGCGUGCUGGGCCCCCUGGACCACCACUGGCUCGUGGAGAACAACAUUGCUGGCUGCCCGCACCCGCUCAUCCCCUCUGACCACUUUUCCCUGUUUGCCCAGCUCGAGCUGGCACUGCCUUUCCUGCCCCCAGUGAACGGCCUCCACCUCCCGGGCAGGAGGUAGUCCCGGCACCUGCCUCCUCCCGGGCAGGAGGUCAUCCCGGCACCCACCUCCCGGGCAGGAGGUCAUCCCAGCACCCACCUCCUGGGCAGGAGGUCGUCCCGGCACCCGCCUCCCGGGCAGGAGGUCGUCCCGGCACCCGCCUCCCGGGCAGGAGGUUGUCCCGGCACCCGCCUCCCAGGCAGGAGGUCGUCCCAGCACUCACCUCCCGGGCUGCCCGGGCAGGAGGUGAUCCCAGCACUCGCCUCCCGGGAGGGAGGUUGUCCGUGUUUCCUUCAGGAAGUGCCCUGCUCUCUUCGUGGGAAAGCCCGUCAGAAGCUGAAGUGAGGGGAGUGAGGUGUCUCUCAGAGGGAGGGAGAGAGUUCUGUUUUGUUUUUGUCUUGGUGGCUUAAAUUUUCAGUCUGGUUCUUGGACCUGGGUCUUGUCUCAAAAGCCAGGUGCUGGCCGCACCCAGGGUCCAAGGCCGCCCUGCUCUCUCGCUGUCAGGCCGGGACCGUGUCGCAGUGUCCGCACACACCGCCUUGGCGUGUCCCCCGAGUCGUCUUCCUGUUUCUGCUCCCCCUCCCCCGCCGAGAGAGAUUUUCAUGCCUUGAAAUAGUGAAAUGUCAGAACUACCCAGAAUCCAUUUGCACAGAAAUUGGUAGCACCACAUGCUGAGGCCAGUAACAUACCCAGAUGGUUCUACCGCGAGGGCCACGCCCUCCCCACUUGUUUUCCAGACUCAUUUGUUUGAAGGGAAAAAAACAAUAGAGACCUUGAAUUUAGCCUUUUCUGAUUGUGUAAUUUGUAAAAACUGAGGUGACGUUUGGUUUGUGUGUGUCUUUUUCACUUGCUUCUCAUGCUGUUGAGGCCAGCCCGUCAGCCAGGCAAGACAGACUCUGCCGCAGGAUUCGCCCAUCCUGGUGUUGCCCGGGUUUGUUGGGUUAAACAGCAAAACAAAACGCCUGUCCCAGCAGGCUCUGCACCUGCAGAGAAACCCUGUUCAUCUCGUCCACCGUUUGUUUAAAAGAGUCCCGUCGGCCCAGGGCUGCAGAUGUUCUGACAGUGCUCUGGGGUGAGCUGCGGUUGUGUCUGGUUGUCCCGGGGCAGAGCAUUGGCCGUCACUCUGGGGGGCAGCUGGAGGCGCAGCGGGGAGGGAGCGUGGCUCGCACGGAGCAGACUCGGCUCCGGUCCCCAGCACCACAGAGGGCCCCCCCCCCCCCCCCCGUGCGUGCCAGGGGGCUUCCCUGAGCACCACCUGAUGGGCACCCCGGGAAAAACAGGUCACAUUUGGGAACGUGUUCCGAGGGUCCCCGCUCACCAGACAGACUCAGUGUGGAGUUCAGGUUGCUAUCAUGUGACUUUUUUCUUAUAUUUUCCAUUAGUUUUAUUUUUUAACAAAAAAAACAAAAUUAAUUUUUAAGUCCUUUUUAAUGUGCGUGAUGUGUUAAGUGCUCCAAACAGUUCUUCUGUUCCCCCCUCUUUGUGUGUGUGGGGGGCACACUCAGUGGUGCUCAGGGCUUCUCCAGGCUGUGCUCCGGGGACCCUGUGGGAUAACAGAGGUGAAACCUGGCCAUUCGUGCAGGGUGAGCACCCGCCUGCUCUACGCUCCCUGUCGACCCGAGGUUCCGAACCCCUUUCUCUUUUUUAAGUGAUAAGGUCAUUUGAUUGUGUCAAAGAGAGAAGUGUGGCUCUCCGCCUGAGCACUGCUGGGUGUGACCCAGUUUCACCUUUCAGCCCCUUGUUCCUUCUGAUCAGAUGAACUCAGAGGGGACAAUGAGGUCUUGGCGCUUUUGUGUUAGCUGCAAACCAAGAAACAAGGGCAGUUUUCACAUGAGCAUUAAGGAAAAGAAGAAAAAAAAAUUGAGGUUCUCGAGUUUUUUGGGGGAGGGUUUUUGGGCACAUCUGGCAAUGCUGAGAUUCUCCCAGGUCUGUGCUCAGGAACUACUCCUUAUGUUCUCCAGGGACUUUGUGGGAUGCCGGGGAUUGAACCUUGGUCAUGUGCAAGGCAAGCAUCCUCCCCACUGUACUCUCCUUCUGGCCCUAACUUAAAGUGUUUUGUAGAUGUUGAGUCUUCAUUUGUCAGAGGAAGUGACAGUACAGACUGUUUAAAUAAGUGACUCCCUCGUGUCCCCCAUCUCUCAACCCCAACCCCAUCUCUCUCUCAAACAAUCCCAGAAAACUUUGAUCUCAAGUCUCUUGUCUGGGACCUGGUUUUACCUUUGGACACCUUUUUUAUUUUUCUCUCUCUCUGGAAGAUUUUUCUUGUAAUGGGUAUUUCAGUUUUGUUUAACUUUUUGCUUUUUUAAAAAAAAAACUUCUGCCAACACCAUACACGUGCAUUUGUUUGGUGGGUGCACUGGGACCAGGCAGCUGGUGGUGCGCACAGGCGUGGACGCAAUGCAGGGGUCAGCCCGUGUUUUAUUUUGACUGCAAGAAUAACUCAAAGGUGUGUUUGCACCUUUCUCCCUAAAACUAUGCAGGUCCUCCACACCUUAGGACAUUUUGCAGCAAGAGUGAGCCGGAGCGGCUAGCCAGAGCCCAGAGACCCACUUAGCCCAUGGGCAGCUUGUGGGACGGGGCGUCCAGAGGGGUCCCAUUUGUGUCUUGGGUGUUUGUCCACUGCUAGGAAGGUGGAGUCUCUUCCCUGCCACAGGCACUAGAUGCACUUGAUCGUUGUGAAACGUUUGAGCUUUAAGUGAGAUGGUUUUCCAGCACGUGUGUCUUCACCUGGUUGGUGUUCGUAGAUCGCUCUGGAAAGACGUGCCGGAGGGUGAAGCCGGCGCCGCCUGCUGUCCUGAGGUUCCUGCUUUGCGCCACUUAAUAGUCAGACCGCAUUCCCUGGAUGUGGCCACUGUGUAGACUCGAGUGAUCGCUUGGAUUGAGAGUAGAGAUUGGACCCCCUUCGCCGGCAACAGAGAAAGAGGAGGGUGCUGGAGCUAGCGGGCAGCAGGGAGGGUGCUUGCCUGGCACGCCACCAGCUUGGGUUCGAUCCCUGGUGCCCCCUAGAGUCCCUGAGCCCCUCUAGGAGUAAGCCCUGGGCACUGCUGGGUGUGACCCAAAAACCAAACAGGAAAAGAGAAAGUCAUAUUCAACCAGCAAGUGAAACUCAUCGAAGUUGGGGCACUUGAGUGAGACAAAACAGGUUUUGGGGGGGGUGGGGGGUUGUUAUUUUCUAUGUCUUGGAUCAUUUCCCAUAGUCUCUUAACUCUCUAAAAGGCAAUACAUAAGAACUAGUAUAUUUCUCAUAAAUUUGCUGUCCCCCAAAUUCUGUAAAAGAUUUCUUGUGCUCUUGCUGUACUGUCAUUUGAGAGGUCUCACUGGAUAAGUUCAUUUUAGAAAUGUUUCUUGGAAACUGGGGUGAAGGGUGUCCUUUAUUAUUUAUAUAUAUAAUCCAGAACUUGGAGUUCCCUCGAUUCCUUGGUUGGGAACCUUUUGAAGUACCAGUUCCUGUUUUCAUAACGAUUAUGCUUUGAGAUUUAAAUAAUGUUCUUUGGAAUUAAUUUACGGGGGUCUGAGCCAUAGUAUGGCGGAGGGAGGGCGGCCGAACAGGGUGGUCUCUGCCUCCCCGUGGCACGGUCCCCCGAGCUCGGCCAGGACUAAGCCCUGAACACCACUGGGUGUGGCCCCAAAACCAAAAUAUAAUGGCAUAAUUUCAAUGAAAGUCAUAGACAUGAAUUGUGGCAUGCAACUAGAGUGAUUCUAGAAGGUAGGUCAGGAGCAGCUUCCAAAAAUGUGUUUUUGAUAUUUCUUGGGUGUUUGACUGCCAGGCAGGAGAAUUUGAGGUUUUAGCACUUUGCAACAAAGGCCAUUAUUGAAUUGAGUAGAAGGCACUUACGAAUGUCCAAGCUCUUUAAAAAAAAUAAUAAUUCAGCUUUUCAAUAAUGAAUUCCAUUUUUCUCCCUCUCUUUUUGAAACUUGGAAUUUGUUUCCAUCUUGACUUUAAGAUUUUUUCUUGGUGGGGUGGGAUGGAGUGGGGACCGUGCCAUUGAAGGACAAAAGAAAAGGCUGAAGCCAGACAGCCACCACGGUUGGUUCUUUGGAGGACUCAAGUGCAAAGAAGGGCUGUAGCGGUAACUGGUACAUGUUCCUCAUCUCCCUGCCCUGCUCAGAGUGUUUUUAAGAUGUUUGCUUUCCACUUCGUUUUGGCUGCGUCUCGUCGAGUAUUUCUCCUGGCAUCCUCGUCCUUCACAGCACCAAGAUCCUCACCAAGUUCAAAGAAGGUGGCGUUGGCCUCACCGGCAAGGGAGUCAAAAGCUAAAGAUGUACCUGUACGGACUGGUUAUUAGAAAAAGGGGGUCUGUCCUUUUCCGUGGAAAUUUCUUGGUCGAAUUGUAACUAGCUGGUAUUAAUUAUAUUUAUAUACAGGCUGCUUUUCUUUGCCGAUGUAUUUUCCUACUUAUAGCCAAUCAAUAAAUUCAAUAUCUGUUUCGCA